AUGGUCAUUUCACGAUCCGGAUCGACUGCGAAUACACUCAGCUGGUUCGUUGGUCUCCUGUCGACCUUUACCAUUGCAAUCGCUCAGCAAUUCAGCGAUGGGCUCCUCGGCUACCAUGUCUACCCAGGGCUGAGUGACCAGUGUGCCGAAGCUUUGAACACAACCAUCACAAAUUGCGCAAGCUUUCUGGCCACGGUUGCUGUCGACAUGCCCCGUCUUGACUCGAGGUCUCUUGAGACUCUGUGUACCGCGACAUGCAGGUCCUCCCUGUCUUCCGUCCGAGGGACAAUCGCCUCGCGCUGUCGAGGCAAUACCGAUGUCCUCGAGAUAGAGUCAAUCGUUUAUCCUGCCACGUUCGUGAUUGACAGGUUUCUCUAUGCGAACACCGGCAGGUUCUGCGAUCAGAUCUAUAUGGACGCCCUCUCAAACGGCACGGCGUCUAAUGGCUGCUCCGACUGCGCUUUGGGUGUUGUGAGUAGACAAUUGAACUCGCCUUUUGGGUAUCACCCCGAUUUUGCGAACGACUUUCGUUCCAAAACGUCGGAGUGCGGUGCCACGGGUUAUACCUUUACCUCGCCAGCACCAUAUGCCAUCAGCACGAAGCCCAACACGAGCCCGACAGACAUCCCAACAUGCGUGUCGCCAUACACCGUCCAAGCAGGAGAUACGUGCGACUCGAUUGCGGUGGCCAGGGGUGUCUCGACUCAUAGCGUUGUCAAGGCCGGCGGUACGGAUCCCGACUGCACUACCUUGCAGGUCGGCGUGAAGCUGUGCUUGCCAGAGCCGUGUAAACUCUAUCGUGUUCAGUAUGACGAUACAUGCGAGCGUAUUCUGGCGUCUGUCACUGGUUUGCAAGCGCAUGAUCUUCUAACUUGGAACCCCAACAUCAACCCACUCUGCACCAACCUGGGAUCGAUGGCGAAAAAGCUCAUUUGCAUCAGUCCCCCUGGCAGGACUUUAGACGAAGUUACCAGGAUAACGACCCUGCCUCCAACCACUACGCAACCUCCUGAAACAGCCGUCCCUCGCCCAACAAACGCCAAAGCCGAGUCACACACCCGGUGUGGCAGCUGGUAUGAAAUUCAAGAAGGGGACUACUGCCAAGCCAUCUCCAUCCGCCAGGCCAUCCCCCUCCAAGACUUCUUCUUUCUCAACCCAUCCAUCAGCAAUCCCGACUGCCUCAACCUCUGGCUCGAGACUUCCUACUGUGUCAAGCCAGUAGGCGACAUCAACAUGUACAGCGACUACCCUUAUUCCACAUCCCCGGUCUACACGCUCACUUCGUCCAACUACGUCACAACCACCGCUUCUCUGGUUGACAGGGUGCCGCCCAUCCCCACUCCCAUCAUCUCGCUGCCUCUAGCACCUGGCUCGCGGACAGCAGCCGACGGCUGCCUUGGGUUUGUCAACCAUCGGGUCGUCGUUCCACAGAUGGAUCAGUCCCUGCAGACGGAUGUGCCCCCCUUGACAAACAUGAUCAACAGUUGUGACUACGUCCUAGGGGCGUAUGAGGUCCACCUCGACGAGUUUCUGUCCUGGAAUCCCAGUCUGGUGGCAGUGAGUCCUUGCUACCUGCAGGCUGGGUAUAGGUAUUGUGCUGCGCACCGAAACGCUACAGGCGAGUGCCUAUUUUAUGACGAGCUUACACCAAACCGACAGAACAAUUUGCUAACAUUUACGUCUCUCUACCCUUGCGAAGACAUCGCCCUGGACCACAACAUCACAGUGAGCGACCUCAUGACCUGGAACCCCUGGAUAGGACCAAGCUCGUCCGUCUGUGACACGGGCAUAUACGCCAAUCUUCCCGAGUCUAGCGAGCGUCCGAUCUGCGUGGGGACAGGGACAAGAAGCAACACCAGCUCUGUGACGUCAGCACAAAGGACGACGACGACAACGGCUAGAAGCACUACUCCUAGCCUCACAACCUCCGAUAGUCCAGGCGCUCCUACGCAGACGGGAAUCGUGGCGGGUUGCCGGAAGUACUACAUCGCGCAGGCAGGAGAUGGUUGUUGGGCCAUCGCCAGCAGCAACAACAUCAAUCUCGAUGACUUUUAUGGGUGGAAUCCAGCAGGUUAG